AAAAUGAAACCUUUCUUAAUCCAAAUCAGUGUCCUCCCGUCCUUGUCGCCCUGAAUUGGACUCCAAACCAUUCCCUUCCUCCUCUCGAAUCAAUCGCCCAAUGCUUCGCUUUCCCUGCUAAUCUCGUCUUCCCUGCUAAUCUCGUCCCACCAAGAUUUCUCCGCUUCUUCAUCUUUGGACUCCACUUUCUUCUUCUUCGUCUUCUUCUUCUUCUUCUCCUCCUCCUCUUCCUAAGAUUUCAACUUUCUUUUCUGCUACACCUCCAAUCCAGCGAUGCGCGGCGGCAGCGGCGGCCAAAUGAUCUCCAUUUACCCGGAAGAACUCAGCUUCGAAGUUGAGUUGGAGAAGCCAUCUUCUUGCAAUAUCAAAGUCGUCAACAACACGGAGCACCACGUCGCCUUCAAGGUGAAAACGACGUCCCCUAAGAAGUAUUUUGUUCGCCCUAAUGCAAGCGUCGUACAACCUUGGGACUCAUGUACUGUGACAGUCACUCUCCAAGCUCAAAAGGAGCUUCCUCCGGAUAUGCAAUGCAAGGAUAAAUUCCUCAUUCAGAGUGCUAAGGUGCCCCCGACUAGCCACAUUGAUGAAAUUCCUAAAGAUACAUUCAAUAAAGAAGUUGAAAAGGUGAUAGAGGAUCUCAAACUUAGGGUUGUGUACAUUCCCCGCUCGGAAAAUGGCCAUGCAAAUCCCGAAGAGGAGUCUGGUAGAACGUCUGAUGUAAAACUCCCCAAUUCCUAUCUUUUACUUCUAUCUAAUCUCGAUGCUAUUGAAUUUGAGAUGCAGGUACUUCAAAAGUUGAAGGAAGAACGUGAUUUGAUUCUUCAUCAAAAUCAUCAGUUCAAAAGGGAAUUGGAAAUGUUGAACAAACGAAGAAGCCGCAAAAGUGAUGCUGGUUUUUCGAUGACUUUUGCUGCAUUUGCCGGCCUCAUUGGUAUAACAUUUGGGUUCAUCCUGAACCUUCUAUUCACUGCAUCACCAACUUCAUGAAUUUCAUUAGCCAACCUUCAGAGUUCAAUCAAAAUUUCAUCUCUGGAGGCCAUCUCCAUUUGUUUUUUCUGAUUCAUUAAACGUUUUCCCCUCUCAUUUGCUACCUAAGAAGGAGGUUACAUCAGUCCCAAUGCUCACUUCUGUGGCCUUGGGCGUGCUUUUGCUUGUUUGACCUCUUGGAGUUGGAGAAAAAAGGAACUCGAAGAUAAUCCAUUUUUGCAUGUGGUUUUACUCCAUUGUUUUUUUUCUGUAUGCCGAGAAAUAUUGAAAACUUGAUGUAGAAUGGGUUUGAUGUUUUUUUUAUUUUAAGAAAGAAUGCAUUAUUCAUUUUA